ACAAAAAUAUUUGUGCUAAAUUUACUGAAGUUUCGAAAGUAAACUUCCGUAUGUAAACUAUACUGUACUCAUGAUAAUGCACCUUUGCGGCAGAAUGUACAAUACAUGGUUUGAUCAUCUCUCCUCCGACCCUCCAACUUCAUAGCGUGAUGGAACAGCGACCUACGUCGAAGAUUUUUGUCACUGCUGUUUUGGCGCUCUGUCUCGUUGGCUUGCAUGUGUCGUUGCGAGAACAACAAGCGGAAAAGACAUUGGAUCACAAUGGCAGUAAUCGACAGAAUCGAAAGCUUUUACAGUACAACACGAGCAUGUAUUCAAAUCAGCGGGCUUCGUCGAAACCGAGACAUGAACUACAACAUGCCCGAACGGAGGUACGUAUAACAAGAAGUAGAUGUUACUUGACACUUCCUGUUUUUUUCAUUUUACUUUGUAUGCACCAAGAAGGGUCUUCCAUUCGCUAAAACUGAAACAGUAUGAACCUUAAAUGGACGAAAUUGUGUCAGAUUGAAGGAUUUAUUAUCUAUUUUUGUACAUAUUAUCUUACAUUUGAAAGUAGCUUUGAAAUUCAGCCUCAUAUGUACAUUGUUUUGCUGCAAUGAGUUUCUUUCAAUGCACUUGCUCAUUUUUUCCUGAAUUCCACUGAUGGGUUCAGUUAACAUAACAUAACAUAAAACUUUAUUUAAACUCGAAUUUUAGAGUAGCUAACAAGCUAAUAUCUUCGAGCUGACACUACAUAAAAACUAUAUAGAAAAUAUAUAUACAUUAAAUGCAAGGAAAGAAAAUAUCAUUUACAAUUCACAAUUUUAAGUUUAAGUAUGUCAGGCAAAAAGAAUCUACAUGAAGGUAAAAUCCUGUAUUUUAGUCUUAAAGUCUGCAAAAAAACUGGUACGAAAAAAGUCCGACAGUGCAUUCCACUGCUUAGCUGAAAAGUAAGAAAAGGAGUUAAGACCAUAGGUAGUUGUUUUAGGUUUACUUAGUGAAAGAAUGUAGUUGCCACGAAGAUCAUAGGAAGAGGACCGGAGUGAAAACAUAUUCUUCAUAUAAGUAGGAAAAUGAGUGAAAAACAAACUCUUAUAUAACAGAAUGAGGAAAUUUUGAAUGCGUUUGUUAAACAAAGAAGUAGAGCUGACUUUUGAGAGAAGAGUGUUGUAUGGAGACGAGUAAUCUCCAAGUAUAAAUCUAAGUAUUCUUUUAUUUAAAGCUUCGAGCUUAUCCGCAUCGCGCGCUCCACAAAAGUGCCAGACAGAGGAGCAAUAAUAAAAGUGAGGUAAAAUAUACGCUUUGUAAAGUUUGAAUAAGAUUUCCUUGCGUAUGAGUUUUCUAAAGCGCAACAUAACAUUAAAUUGAUUAUUAAUCUUUUUGCGUACAUUUGAUAUAUGUUUAGAAAAAUUCAGAUUAUUAUCUAUUUCCAUUCCAAAAAUCUCUAACGUGUCCUUUACUGGGAAGGAAAAACCAUACUCCGUAUCACCGAGGAUUAGACACUGGUGCUUGCUCUCAUUAACUAACAUCCCAUUUUCAUGGUACCACUGAUUGGCCACGCCAACAUCAUGAGAUACGCAUGCAUCCAGAGCUGCCGGAUCGAAGUGGGAGUAGUAUACCUGAUGAUCAUCCGCAUAAGCGUUCAACUUGGCCUUCUUGACGUGGAAGAAAAGAUCGUUUAUGAAAAUGUUGAAUAGCAUGGGACCUAACACACUCCCCUGCGGGACCCCACGCUUGACGCUUUCCCAGGUCGAAAAGGUGUCUCCAACUUUAACUCUCUGAGUUCUGCUAGAGAGAUAGUUCCUAAUUAGGGCACAACUUUUGUCGUCUAUACCAUAGGCCCUCAGUUUCGAAAGGAGGAGUGGAUACUGAAUAACAUCAAACGCUUUGGAGAGAUCCAUAGAAACUACUACAGUUCAGUCUGGCAGGAGAAAUAAUAUUUGAAGGGGAAUUUAGGGGAGAGAUAGGGAGGAAGUAUUCACUUAUGCAGCGUUUUUUGUGUCGUCGUAUUGCGUGAAAAUCGCUACAAAAAUGGCUGCGUAGAAGACUAGGGAGGAAGAGUUACAUAAUGCACAUGAUGAUUGAGUGCCUACCCGAGACUUCCCUCAUAGCCCUUGAAAAUGUUCACUGGUCGACAAACCUAUUGAAUCCUGCUCAUGCACGAAUCAAGCACACAAUGACCUGCAUAUUAUCAAAUAAUGUGGUCGGUCAGACCCCUUGCAAGUUUGUGGCCGUUUUUGUUUCAAUUUUCUCUCAACGUGAAGACAAAGAAAAGGGCUGUGUAGGACGACUCACUACUCCCUCCCUACCACUCCUCCUGCUUCCUUCAAAUAUGGUUGGUUACUCCUUCACCAGACUAAAGGUUGUAUGGAAAUGAACAAACUUUGAACAAGUGUAAAAUAAGAGUAGCCCAUAACCCUGACCACAUUCCUUUUAAAGUUCCUAAAAUUUGUUUAGAACCUCUAGUAAAAUUCAUCUUCAAAAAUUAGAGGUGGUCCACAGGGGUAGGGGUCCAUGAACUGGAGGUCCAUGUUUUGUAGACAUCCAUUACAAAGCAUGGGAGCAUGCAUUGUGACUGGUUUAUCCUUACACUUCUGCUUCCAAAUCCGACAAUUUGGUUUUCGCUAGAUCGUCAAUUAGAGAGUCAUAAGCAGAGUCGGAAGAAAAUGAAAACGUUCUGAUUCCUCCGACUUUGAUCCAAAUGCGCUUAUGACUCUACUUAUGACUCCAAUUUUUGAUUUUCACAAGGUCAUAAGUGCUCUUACAUCUAUGCUUAUGAUUCCGACUGUGAUUCCGUUGCUAGUGAAAACCAGUCUUAACAAUAGGUGAACUUUGUUUACCCAAUAAAUGAAGUAAGUUCGGCGGUUGAUUCAGACAUUGAACAUAAAUAGUCGGACCAAAUUCAUUUUCACAAUGUCAAUGGUCUGCAAUCAUAACAGUGAAAAUAUAAUUUAUUAUAGUAAUUUAUGCAUUAGGUUCAGCACAUGAGAAGUUCUAUGUAUGAAACAAAGUCGCCCCACAUUUGAAAUUUCCAUGUGGUCCACUCAAAUUAUCGUAAUUCAUAGGUCGAUCCAAAUUAGAUAUGUUGAACCGUCGAUCUCUUCAUAUACUUAAUUGAAGGGAUUAGGUUCAGUCCAUUUAAAGAUCAACAUUUGAGGCGUAAGAUGGUCUCCGUAAGGACCAGCCCUUACUGUCCAUCUUAGAGAGGUGUCCAGCUUAUAGAGAGUAUGAGGUAACGUGGCAACAGUAAUAUUAUAUGAGAUAUAAGGGUGAACCUAUUCACACUUGAAUACACACUGGUUUUACCUGUGCAAACCAGUUAAAACUGGAACAAUGUAACAGAAAAGUGGAAUCAUUUUGUUAUUGUUCCAUCAAACUUUUAUUACAAGCCAAUGUUCACUGCUCAGUUAUCUAAAAGCAUAAAGCGUAACAGUAUACACUCUUCGAACUGGAACAAGACUACAGUUAACCACAUGUAACAAAAAUACAGUGUUCUCUGUUUUCACUGUCACACCAUCAAAAAUAAAAAUCAAAACCACUCAGUAGAAAAAGUCCAGAAUCUGAUGAAAGCAGAUAAUAUACAGUAUACAUUUAUGUGAAGUUAUGUCUCAACGCUGUCCUUCUUCAAGGAAGUUGAUGGAGCAUUGCUAUUAUCAGUUCAGUUUCGAUGUUACAACACUCAAGUUAAAUCUCCUGUAAUUAAGCUGUUUAGAAGCUGUCCAAAAAUAUUUGAUGAUAACGAAAAAAGUGUAUUAAGCAAUAAAUUGCAUUUUUUUAACUGCAGGAUUGUUCUAAACUGCGAAACUUGAACAGCUCAGAGGAGCGUUGUCACUUUAUCAAGUCAACUGAGAGUUGUCGAAUGGAUGAUGGGUUUAUUCAGUACUUACAGAUUCCAUACUGUUCAUUUCAUGGCCCUGUUGCCUUGGCGUUUUUCUUUCUGGUAGGUAAAUAGAAUAAAUAUGGACUAGAGGAGCCAUAUGAUUGCAAAGUAGUGGGAGGCAAGAAUUGUUGAGGGACAGAAUUGCAGGCUACAAAAGGAAGUAAUUCUCAUAUUAAGCUUUGUGGUUAAUGGCUAUUCAAAAUAAAAUUUAUGUACGCCAGUCUUCAGAUUUUCAAGUGGAUGGCUUUUGGUUUGUCUUAGAAUCUGUUCUUUUAAUUGGUGUUAAUAUAUACCAUCACCAGUUCAUGCCUUCAUGGCUCCCUUUUACCUCAACGGCUUUCAACUGGAGUAGAUCAGUUUCGAACACCAUAACCACUCAGAAGAUUGUAAGUCGGUGUCAUCUAACACUUAUUAUAAUGAUUAACUACUUUUAAUUUUACCAUGAGUGUAAUAUAUUUAGACAUUAAAUUUCUCUUUCACUCUUAUUUCAAAUCACUGUUCCAUUCUUAUUCUGCCUAACCAGGCUAUACCUGCAAAUAUGAGCCAAGAUAACCUCCACUCAGUUAUGAAAAACCAUAAUACUUCUAUGCGCUUUGUGACUGGACAACAAUAUUUAACAGCUUAUUAUGUUAUAUUUUGCAAAGCUUCCACAAAUAAUAAUCAUUCCUAUCUAUAUGUUGAUCCUUCUAGUCAUUGUAGCUAGAGGUCCAGCUAGACUUUAUUUUGAACAACUACUAACAGUUUUUAAUGUACAUAUUUAGUCUCUUUGGUUGGUAUUUCUCUUCGUCAUUCUGGGAUUGACAGCUGAUGACUAGUAAGUUUAUCAUGAAGAAAUUAUUGCGUCUUGAAUAUCUUAUCUUGCGUGAAGUAUUUUGAAAUUUUAUUAAAAUCAAUAUCAGCAUGCAUGGUAUUUAAGUUUCUCCAGACCAAUUUGGAAAUGGGUGUAUUAAUCUGUUUAUUUUUUAUUUAUGUGCAUUUAAUUAUCUCUUUGAUAUUAAUAGCUUCUGUCCUUCCCUGAUGGUGAUCUCAAAGACACUUAGAAUCAGUGAGAAUAUUGCAGUAUCCUUUAUAUAGUUUGCAGAAUGUUGACCUUUAUAAAUUAUCUUCUUUAUUGGUGCUCUGUCCAAUGUUGUUAUGGAGUUGGUUGUCUUUAAUCCAUGGUAAAGCCAAAUAUGAAACAAAAUUGUCUUGUACAGUAAUAUAUGCAAAAAGGGGUGAUAAAAUAUUGCUAAGCCUUUUUUCAGAAAUCGGGUUAAGUAAACCCAAACUAAUGAUCACUGUAAAAUUAUGUAAAAGGUGUGCCCACAGUAAGUUCUCCAUAUGAAGUUGCCAAUCUCAGCUGUUGAAGGAACAGAAAUCAGUGCUUUCAGUUAAAAACAAACACACAGUGUGAUGCAUGUCUGAUCUCAAAGGAGUCCUUAUGUUAGUGCCUGACCCCCCCCCCCUUAUGCUCUGUCAAUCUGGAUACACUUCUACGUUUUUGUCCCAUAUAUAUGGUGAUACCCCUAAAUAAUUGUUCACUCCCUUCUAGCACAACUUCUAGAUUCCUUCUCUUCAUCCCUUCUAUACAUCCACACCUACACAUCUGUGUUUUAAGUGUUUAGAAUGGGACUACAUUAUACUGAUGAUUACAACUCCUGUUUUGACAAAUGGAAGACUAUAUUAACUUUUUGUCGCUAUUAAAAAUGUAGGUCACACUUCAUGGAAAGAGAAACUUAAUAAGCACCGCCCUCAAUUAAGCAUCCUCCCUGCAAUAAAUGCCCCCACCACCCACCCCCCACCCCCAGCCUUUAGCUGUAAUUUUAAAUAAGUGCCCGGGCGCUUCUUCAAGGAAAUACGGUAUAUUCUUUUUUUCACUUUGAGUUCCUUGACUGUAGUGUAACUAGGGAGUGACAUUUUUAGCCUAUGGCAAUGGUGCUCCUGAUAUUUUUAGUGCUUUGGCAGCUCUCUCUCAUGCCAAGAGUUCGAGUGCAGUUCAGCUUGGAAUGCAAGCCCUCUUUGGUAAUAAAUUUAUCCAGUAAACCUUAAUUUUAUGUGUUGGAAGUUCAUUACAAUUACGUAUUUAAAGGAGCUGUGUCAGAAAAUUUAUCAAAAUUUAGACAUUGGGAAUUGGAAUAUAAAAAUUAUAACUGCUUAAAACAUGAAAAAAUGUAUAAACAACGCAGAAACUACAAAAGGAGGCACGGAUGGACAAACUCAAAGCAUUUGUGGUUUUUGAAAACUUGUUAGCCUAACAGUUUUUCAAAGUUUUUCAUUGUUGUUGUUGACAACAAGUAAGUGGCAGUUGACAGUAUUCCCUGAUGAAAGGAUUGUAAUCAAAAUAACGGGCUUUGAGUCCCGGGGGGGGUACUCGCAGAAAAAUUGGGUAGGGGUGUGCGGCCCGCUUCCCAAAACCCUUACCCUAUUUAUGACCAAAAUCUGCGAUUUUCCCUAACCUAUUUAUGACCUAACCAAAAAUUUGAUACCCUAUUUAUGACCUGACCCUUAAAUCAAUACCCUGUUUCAGACCUGCCUUAUAAUUAUUUCCCUAGUUCAGACCAAUGUUAAAGGCAAUGUUUAUCUGCUUUUAUUAGGUUAGGGGGACAUGAUAAGGAAAUAGCUUCUUCUAAAAAAGUGCAUUCAAGACUACAGUGCAAAAAUCGUUACCCUAUCUAUGAUCAAAAUGGCGGCAAAAUAGCCAAAAUCGAUACCCAAUUUAUGACCAAAACGGCUGAAAAACCCUACCCUUUGGGGCCGCACAUACCUAUAUAGCCCAUAUUAGGGAGUACCCCCCCCGGGCUUUGAGUCCUGUUUUGGUGGCUUUUAACUAACCUUAAUCAUCAUAAAUCCACAUCUCCGCCCUUUUUUAGGUGCUGGUAUGUUUGUCACAACAGUUGUGGUUGGUGUAAUAUCCUUUGUGUCGACUGUGACUUUGGCAUCUCGUCCAUUCACAAGAGAUGUGUUGUUCUACUUGGGAGCUAUGUCUUGGGUGUUUAUCACCCUUUACAAGGAAAACAUUACCGUGGGAGAGGCAAUAGGUAUAUGGCUAAAUAAAUUCACAAUAUUAUUGUAAAGCUUCAAGAUAGAACAUACGUACUUUUGUGCUCCAAGUUAGCUAAAUAGAGAAUAUUACACGGUGGCGAGAAGAUAUGAAUUUUACGUUCAAGUUGCUCUUGCCACGAGAACAUAAAAUUCAUAUCUUCGAGCUAACGUGUAAUAUUCUUUUUAUUAUAUAAACAUACUGAUGAAGGCGUUUUUGAUGAUUUUCCCAAGAUUUCCGACCACCUUCCUAAGAUUUCCGAAGAUUUUUCAAAUUAUCCCGUAGACCAGACGAACGUUCCCGAACAUUUUCCGAAAAUUUCCGAAGAUGUCCGAAGAUUGCCGAGCACUUUCGAGGAAGACCCGAAGAUGUUUCGAUGAUACACCAACGAAUUUAAGUACAAUUUAAGAGACAAACCUGAUGUCAGUGAAAUUAUCGAUAUCUUCACAUGUAAAAAUAUCGUAUUUUUACGUGUGUUCAGAUACCACAUUUCUCGGUGGUAGAAAUCCUUGUAAAACACUGCAGUUUAUAUAAUAAACAGAUUUUUAAAGCACCGAGAAAUUCAUUUCGACAUUUCGACAUGUUACGAAAGAUUCGGUGGUUGGGUGUCGCUGAUUAGUAAUCGUAAAGUUCUGAAAGUAAUGACCCUUGUUACCUUUGGAUUUAGCAGCCUUCUCCCGAUCGCUACCUUUGGAGGGUCGCUACUUUGGGGAGGCCGUAACUUUCGGGUAGAUAAAACAUGUACCGUAUAAGGCCGUACGAAGUUACAGAAAUAAUAUCGCGACAAAUGGGAAAAAAUCCACAGUUUUUAUUUAGAAAAAUCUAUUCCUGUUUUUGCCUUGUAAAUAGAAAUUCAAAAGUAUUGUUUGAUUACGGUAUGGUUAUUCACAGACGAAAGGAAAACUUUUAAAAGAAAAAAAUGUAAUUUACUUUUAGAGUUACAUAAAGGAAUGUCAUAGAUCAUUAUAACCGUUAAAAGUAAAUCUCGGAUGAGUUUAGUAAAGCUUGUUGUAUCUAUUAUUUCCUUUAUUUCUAGCAAAAAGGAAAAUUACUUUUCAAGUUCCCUACUUUCAGGGUGUCGUUAUUUUCGGGGGUCGCUAAUUUUUUGCUAACAUCUGUGAAAUUUUAUCGCUACUUUCGGAACUUUACGCGUAGCACAAAAUGUUAGAAUGGGCUUAAACAAGUUGCUGCAAAUAAUAGAUGAUCGCAUGAAAGGCAGGUAUAUGGAAUAAAUAUCAAAUCUUUGUUUAACAAGUGACCACAGCAUUAGUAAGUGAAAUGGCGAUCUUCCUUCUGAAGUUUGGAUUUACUUACGGCCACUUCUGACUUACAUUUCUAUUGCGCACAGGUUUUAUAGUAUUUUACGUGGCUUACGUUCUUCUUGUUAUCGUUGGCCGCUUUAUCUACCAACGCUGGAAGAGGAAAAUAGCAGCAAUUGGUGAGUUUCUCUUUAUUUUAAAGUAGUAUUUUAAAUUAAUUCACAAUGCCACCUUUGCAAGACACUCCUCUUACAAAGACUGCCAGCACUAAGACAGUCUACUUGUAAGUUGAAGUUAAAUUUGUAUCACUUUUAAAAAUAAGUUAGACGUGAGAAUGCAUUUAAGGCCGGGCCCGUCCACACGAAUCCGAACAGUUUUGAAAUCAUUCACAACUGCAUCGCUAAAAUGGAGGUUGGGUGCCUGGAGUAUCCAGGGGCUUCCACUAUUGGCAGCCAGCCCCUAUAUUGAAAUAAUGCCCCCAUGAAUGGCACAACAGCGCAACCCAGCCAUGAGCCCCGACACCAAAGGAAAGGAACAGACACCCGUCACACUGAAAAACAUCAGUGGAGAAAAACCAACAAUGCCUAGGGGGAGGGCGGAAGGGGAAGAAAAUGGCUGACAGAACCUCGGAUCGAUUUAGCCAGCUACUGGGCAUACGCAUGCCAAAGACCGCUGACCUCAGGCACUUAAGGCCCUCUUGGUUGUUAACUCCUUUAAAUUGCAUUUAAAUGCAUUAUGUCUGUUUGCCUUAUUCGUGUGGACGGGGCCUUAAACACCUCUGGAGGGCGGUUUCAAAACAAUGCGGUUUCGGUCAGCGGAUUCACUGCGAUUCGUGCGGACGGAAGUGACGUAGCCUAAAAUUACCCAUAAUGUAAGGGUCAAGCUAGACAUUCUCAUUGCCCGUUUCCGGUUUCUGCUGGUUAUUUGACCCUUCGAGAAACGGACCCGCGACUUACGUCGCUGGCAUUCGCUCGCUUUGCGAGUGUCCCUCGCACCUACAGCGCUCACGCAGUCGACUUAUGCAAAUUCUAGGGCAAAGCCGGUACUGGCCGUUUUGUGAUUUGACCCCGGUGAAUCCUUGUCCCUUGUACCGCUUAUGAUGUCAGCAGUGUUUAAGGUUAUUUACAACUUUGACACUGAAAUUGUUAAGGCCAAGGGAUCCUUCAAGCAGUACACCCGGUGAGCGUAAUUUAGUCAAACAGGCCAAAAAAUGUAAAAAGAAUCCAGUUACAUAGUCUAAAAAUUAGAAUAAAAAUCUUGGUUACCUACACAUCUGUCAGCUUCCUUUGUAAUAUUUUCACAAUCUAAUGGGUUGUUGAGAAAACAUUUCGUACUGAAAUGAAGCUCAGUAAAUGACCAGCUAAAGAAACACAACAGAACAGGACAGAAAGCAAAAGGUAACAUUCUAGCUACUUUUUGUCGGUAACAUUCGAAAACGUAGUGCAGUUUUGGUUCUUUUAGAUAUAGUGACCAGAAAACGGUUUGGCUUGCUUCACACGGCGUUUUACGGCAUUGGCUCAACGGGUGAAUGAGUUAAUUGUUCAAAUUAAAAAUGGUAACUUAAUCAUUGGAGAUGAUGAUGUUGAUGUAGAUGAUGGUGAUGACGUUGAUGUUGAUUUUGAUGAUGAUGAUGAUGAUGAUGAUGAUGAUGAUGUUAGUAAAUUUUACCUUACUAGUUGUUCGUAAUCAAAUUUGUCAUUUUGUGCUACCGCUUAAAGUAGGACUUAUUGAUUUGCAUUUCUUUCCUAUACACAUUAGAGCAAAAAUAUCUCUUUUUGUUUUACACCGUAUUUGCUUUUUAAAUGUACAAUAAGAGUAAAUUCCAUAACAAAGCAAAGAUUUAUAUUGACAAACAAAAAAUAACAACAUUAAUGUGUAGUUAUAUAAUUAUGGUUUUGGAUACCUUAAUUGACAGACCGGUUUCUAGAGAGUGGUGAUCAUGUUGGAGUAAGACAUAUGAGAGAUACAGCUGGAGAAAGCUCUGAGUCACUUAUUGUUCCAGGCAAUACCAAUUCUGUUUCGUGUGAUGUGAGCCCUGAGCAAAGCAUGAGCGGAGAGAAUCUGGAUCAUACUGUGUCAGGUAUUGAAUUAAUCAUUUUAGGGAAGAUCCGACCGUGGACGGCAAUGGCAACUGAAAAGGACGUCAAAAAAUUAAUAGGUUUUACGGGCAAAUAGACCGCGAGCAGUGUCUCUUUUUCUUGGUCCGUCGAGCAAAACGCCCAAGACACGCAAAUGACCACGCGCGUGACUGAAGGCGCGAGACGGGAGAGCCCUCGUUUCUCGCGUCUCGCGGCUUCGCCGCUCAACGCUCGCACUCGCGUGCACUCUCCCUUACUACUGCUCGCAGUCUAAUAAACAAAACAACAGCUUCGCACUUGCAUCACACGUUUAUUGUGCAUUUCUUUGGGUGUCACUGCACGACUUCGACGUAAAAAUGUCUAUUUUCACGUUUUAUGGAGGAAGUAAACAAGCGACGACAAAAUUCUUCUUUCUCUUUGUGAACUUUGAUAUUUUUCCUAGGGAUUCAGCUCCAGUAACGUUCUCCUACGUUUCAGAAAUUAAGUGAGUUGGAAUAAUCUCGAUGGAGAUUGAAAGAAAGCGAAUUCACUCAGCGACGUUUUCGCUGCCCUCGCCGUCCUCAGAUCUUAAGGUCCCUAUUUUAGUAUAAAAAGAACGUUGAGGCUGACUAGAAUUAACCCGCCAGAUUUUGCAAACAACACGCAAAAAAUGUUCCCUUACUUAAAUCAAGAACGAUUAGCAUUUUUCUAUUCAGUUCUUCACUCGUUCUUGCACCCAGGAUCUUGCGUUAAUAUGAUCUGAUAUGAUUAAAUACGCAAUGGUCUUUCUCUAAUUUUCUCCCACUGUAUGAGGGCAACAUGGAAAAUCAAGGAACGCUAUACCCGGUCUUUCUUUUAGGAAGAGACGGGUUUUAAAAUGGCCUGGGUUUUUCCUUCGUCGUCGAAUCGCCCUCUGCUCUUUAAAGCGCAUGCCUGUACUGGCGGAAUAUCACGUGAUCGAUUUCCGGCAAAUUCAUUGGCUUAGAGGCAAAAUCUCCUUGACGUGUUGUCGAGAACAAAAGGCAGCUUUUUUGUCAGUCGGUAGCCAAUCUCGACCCAGAGCUCUUCUGCCCCUGUAGAGGAGAGAGAUCAAGAGGGUACGCGCAUUCCCAAACCCGUAAGCACUGGGGUCGAGAAUGAGUCGGUGGCGUUAACGUUGUGGUUUUGUUGCCUCUAUGAUAGCCUGAAUUUUAUCCGAUUACUUCGAGUCGUUAUUACUCCCUCAGUUGUUGAGAGGAGAAAACGACUCGAAGCAAUCGGAUGAAUUUCAGGCUACCUCUAUGAGAGAUCGACUAUUAUUUUGCUCGAAAUGUUUAGUGAUAUGUGUUGUCUAGAGGAUAAUGUAUCCCGGAACUGUCAGACAAACACAGUGGCUCGAUCCGUUUAAUGGAGAUCGGCGUUGCGAUCGCUGUUUGCGAGAAGAAAAAAAUGCUAAAAAGGUGGGUAAUUUUCACUUUUUAUGUUUACACAAGUCACGAGAAUUUAUAUAGCGGGUGAAGAAACACUAUUGGGCUUUGUUUUGGCGAGUAACCGUGUACCGAGUUGUAAGGAAGAAGAAGUUUUGUAAAACGUAUAGUCUGCUACACAGCCGGUUUUAGAGUCGUCACGCAACGCUCCUCCCCACUAACGGCUUGUGGGGAGGAGCGUUUCGUGACGACACUAAAAACGGCUGUGUAGCAGGCUAUAAAACGUAUGGACCUUUUAACGUUUCGUGCUAAAUUGUACAACUUGACUGUUCGAUCUGUACAAACACACAAGUCACUGCAAACACCUUAGAAAUUUUAUUCUUCAUAGCUUUUAUCGCAAAACAGUAAGACACAUUAGAAAAUUGAAAAGCAGAGAAAUUGCUUUGAUUUAAUAUUAGUAGCAUAGCAUAGUUUGUACCUAGUUGCAGGAAAGUGGCAGUAAAUUACCGUUUCGGUCCAUUAAUUUUCAUUCAUCAAAACAAACAACCACUCUGACUGUUCAUCGCAGAGGUUUGUGCUUGGUCCAAGUCUCGUGCUUCCCGGCUUUCUCGGUAUAAAAACGGAAACUUACUAUUUCGAUGGAAAGAAAUAUUCUUUGACUUAUUUUGGCAUAUAUGGAUUAACUUGUAUCGAGCUCGCACGGAAGCGGCACGUAGGGUUGUUUGAUGCUAAAAUUCGACAUGAUUUUGAUCGAUCAAACGACGUCUCAUUGUUAAAUUAAAUCAAAGAUUACAUGUAAGCUUAUUAUAGCUUUUUAAAAAAUGGGCGAUUGCUUACUAUCGAAUUUCGAUCUUGCAAAACUCCAUUUUGAUCGAUCCAACGUACAUUAUUAGAAAUUUCAAAAUUAUCUAUGCUAGAAAUUUUCCUCUUUGCUGUGCUCAGCUAACUGUACAUCAGUCAAACUUGCAAUUAAUGUAUCAGUCAAUUCCAGCUGCGCCCAGCCCCGGCGGCAUUAGCAUUUUUUUUUUUUGACUUGGAUGGCAAAUUCCCGGGGGUGGGGACUCUUGAGCUGUUAAAUCCCCUGGGGUGGGGACGAAAAAAGAGGGCAAAUGCCCCGUCCUCCGUCAACACUACAACAUUUUUCAUUGAUACAACAGUCGAGCAGUGCCAUUUUAAGCAUUUUAAUGUGCGAUUUUUUGUUUCAAUUAACGUCUUCCUUUGUAAUAGCGCGAGGAUUCUAAUUAAGACUUCACGCCGUGACGACACCAGUUUAUGAUAUCAGUAUUGUUAUAAAAUUAUUGACAUUAAAAUUAAUAGUGCGCUGUAAAGUUUACCGCCAUGAAUAGUUUUAUAAAUAUGAAAGGAUUUUCUUCAAAUAAUAUCAAGAAGAACUUGAUUCAAUAACCAAAAAAAACGUUGAUUCACGUCGAUAGCUCCCGAGUUCCGCUAUGUAAUUCUGCCUUGAUAAGCACUGAAGAAAAGCAUGCAUAAAAUCGAGAACAUGCCUUCACAAACCUCUUCAAUUUUUUCCCGUCCUUGACAAAUGAGCCGCUCUGCUUGUUUUUGCAGUAAAAUCCUCUGUGUGGUUAUAUGCUGAAAGGAAACCGCGUGCGUGUUAAAAGCUCGGGUUUGGCCCCGGGUUUGGCAAAUACCCGGCCUCCGGGCAGCGAAAAAUUUGCGAAUGCCCCACCCCUGGGACUGACAAGGCGGGCAAAUGCCCCGCAGUAGCCCGGGGGGAGGGGGGCUGGGCGCAGCUGGAAUUGACUGAUGCAUAAAAGGAUCGACAAAUCGAUUAUAAUAUUUUGUAUUUUAAGUUGGUUUCGGGAUUAUCCUCAACGAGGUACACAAGGGUAUAGGUUUGGGUUUUCUGUGGUUACUUCUUUGCUUGUUUUUGAAUAAAUUACAAGGCAAUGAAAUAUUGACAUAUCCUUUACUUAUUUACUUUUUUUUCAGAGAAGAUGAACUUGAUCCCAAAUCAAACGAUAAGUGCAGCAACACUUUUCGAAGUUUUCUGAUGAUGAUUAACUAAAAGAAGAUGCCGGUAGUUUGUCUUUGAAGUGUCUGUAUGAGAAUGACAAUAAUAUGAAUAAAGAUCUUACUCAUGGGAAGAUCUGGGUUUUUAGUUUUUUGUAGUUUAGCGUGUACAAUAAACACUUCAAUAACCAGAACAAAUUUAAAAUCCUGGCAUAAUUAUUCCAACCAUUAUGUUCUCUUCCUCUUCAUAAAGGGUGUUAUUUCAAAGAUUUUUCCCUCAAAAUAUUAAUUUACUACCUAAGACUGUGACUGAAGCUUAUGCUAAUUUAAAGAAAAAGAAAACUAGCUGCAACACUACUUUGAAGCAAAACAUUGUUAUGCAGUCAUGGUCAAGUACACCCCUUUGGAACGUUCGAGUCUAAUUUCCAGUCUGAUUUGCUGGCCGGUAGUAUUUUGUUUCCAUUUAUUCAUCGUCAAUUCAUCAUCAAAGUUCAUAUGGGUUGUGGUACAUUACUGCAUAGUGCACAUUUUCCCCCGGCGCUCUAUCAUUUUAUAAACGAAAAGAAGGCCGGGUUACGCACUCGUGCGUCUUGUUCAACUUAUAAAUUGUUGUUUUUCAUGUUAACGUGUUUCUAACGAUUGCGUUCACCACACAAUUUGACCCACACUACAUUUCGCUUCUGCCGCUCCACGGCCGGAUUAAUUGAAGUAAACAUGUGUUUGAUGGUUCUAUGUUUAUUUUUAAUAACAGAACUGGUUUUAUUUUGUUCCUUAGAUGCUAUGUUUGCUACAGAAAACACACUAUUUGCUCCCGCUAUUCACCAUAUUCCUAAGCAAGAGAGAGUGAGCAUUCUCUCUUGUCCUGCCUCAGGUAAGAGCGCUACCCGUCUUUCACCCUUUAGACUAAUCAAUCACUCACCUUUGUCAGGGGCAUGCACCUAACGACUUUUUCCCAUAAACUAUUAAACUGUUCGAAGGAGCAAAUAUUGCCAAGAAAUUUAGCCUAAAGCUCGAGAAAAAAUUUCUGAAUAACCGUUCUAUUCGUCUAAGAUAUUCGGAAUUUUUGUACUAACUUACUUACUUUCGGAGGCUGACUUUGUCACAUUUUCGCAGGAGCAAGAUUUGCAUGGGAUUAUUGUUAAAAAGAAUAUUUCCAACCGACAAUUAACUUCCCGUUCUGACUCCCUUUCUUUUUAUAGUUAUUGAUUUGAAAGCCUGCUUGGCUUGAACGGUCGUAGCCUGAGAAAACAGCCAAUAUCUUCUGAUUGGUUAAAGCAAAUUUUCAACCAAUCAGAAGCACUACCCAGAUCUGGGAAGUAACACGUCAUCAGUAUGGAAUUUCUGCGCUCGUUUCUCAGACGUCAUUUCGUGGGAAAACCAGUGGUGCGUCGCGAAAUGACGGCUGUUUUCUUAGACUAGAGGCGCUUUCCAUUUAGGAAAAGAACCCGGAAAUUUCGGUGGGAGCAAAAGUGGAAUUUCCGAUUGGUGAAAAGUUGUUCCAUUUGGUCUUAAACCCCGGUACGUCGCGGUGCCCGACCGUGGACCUGGAACUGGUACAAACUACGAGAAACGUAAAUGGAACACGACCUCCGUUCGGAAAUUCCAACCGGGAAAACGGGCCCACCUUUUUAGAUUUUCCAAUUUUUCUGGGAAUUUUCCAGUGGGACGAACCGACGAUACGUGUUCCAUUUACCGCCGAACCAGAAAUUCCGGAAAUUUUGACUAAAUGAAAAGCGCCCUAGAGCAUUCGAACGUACACAAUGCAAGGAGGGAGUGACCAAUCUCCAUCCUCAAGAAAGUCAGCUGUUCUCGUUGUUCACAGCUGACAGUGAUGUAUUUUAUAUCAUUGAAACUAUAUAAUAAAUUGUUGCGUCAACUUGGCUUUUAGCUGAAAGAUCACCUCUCUUGGCCAGAAAACAAAAGAUCAGUGAGUGGCGAAAGUUCCUGCAAGGACUGGAACCUUUUGAUAGAGAAGAAUGGAAUCAAAGUGGCAAUCUCUGGAGGGUUUUUAUUGUAUUUAAGGUAAGAAUAUUGUCACGUUUCUCCAUCUCUUUCUUAUUACAAGCUCGUAUAUUUUGUCUGUCUGCACUCUUCCUCCUUGUUUGCCGACAAUGAGCGCCAGUUUUUAUGUAAUUCGGAGUUCUAGAAGAGCAUAUUAUGUUUUAAUCAAACGGUUGAGAAAUCAGGUUCGAGGAGACAGUCGAAAGUUUUGGCUGCGUUCUUUAGUUGUCAGUUACCUCAUAUAAUUCUUGUUUCCUGUGUGGAAAUACCGUAACCUUCCUCUGAUAACUCCCCCCAAGUCAUAGGCCCAUCUACCGGUAAACAAAAAAAUACAUUCGUUUAUAAGCUCCCAUACCCCUGUAGCUUUUACUGAAAUCAUUUCGAUUUUUUUACGACGUUUUCAAGCUUAAAAAAGCGAGCAAAUUUUAAAGUGUAUUUUGAUAAGCACUACUACCCACGUAGCUUAUUUUGAAACGUUUUUUCUUAAGUCCGGUCAUAAGCCCUCCCGCAUAUAAGCUUAUCCGUUUAUAAGCCCACCUACAACCCUUUACGAAGUUGUAUAAGCCCAGGACUUGUAAGCGGAAGUUUACGGUUUUAUCUUCACAUUAAGAGCACCACAGAAUGUUUUAAGAUAACAAGUUUGUGUAUUGUCCGCAGGUUCCUGCUGUAUUUUUUCUAAAUCUAACCAUUCCAGUGGUAGACUAUGAUAAAAAAGAUCAUAAUUGGAACAAGUGGUUAAACGUACUACAAUGCUUAACAAUGCCAGUAUUUGCUGUUGUUGCAACAAAAGGUUGGUAGACGUUGCCUAUAAUGAAAGAUAUUAAUAGACCCCUUCAAGUUAGGGAAAAUUCGUCAGCACAACUGGAAAGAGCGCCUUCAUAUUAGUGAGCAUACUUGCCAAGUAUGAAGGUGAUAGGUCUUAAUCGAGCGAAGAUAUCAACCUCGCCCCCAGGGCGCUUUUCCCUGGCUUUGAGGUGGGGCAGGAAAAACUCUGGUCUACCUGCCAUCUUCGGUGUUUUGUUUAUCGUAUGCUAAUUUAGUACACCCACAAAUUGUGGGUGUUUGGUGGUCAUGUGACCGGCCGAUGCCAGGGCCUUUUCCCGCUCCACCUCCAAAGCCAGGGAAAAGCGCCCUGGGGACGAGGUUGCGAAGAUAUAGCUUCGCAAAUUUGCCAGAAUUUACAGACGUUUGCAUGGGGGGGGGGGGCAAAUUUGUUCUCCCACAUUACAAACGUCUGUAAAAUUUCGCGACUUUGAGGAGCUGCGACUUCGUUAGUUUUCCAGAAAUCACCGUCAAACUUGGCCAUUUUACUAAUUUGAAGGCGUUCUUUCCAGGAGUCGACGGAUUUUCCCUAACUUGUCCUUAUCAAAAGUUGAAAAAAAAAAACCGUGGAAAAGUCUAUUCAUCGUGGUAUGUGUAUGAAAGGGCUCGUUUAUGAUUUGCCUCACGAAUAGUCAUUUUAUUUUUGAUUUACAAGAAAUGUGGCUCUCGCAGCCUUUAGUCUGUUAUGUUCUUUCGUAGUUUUUCUCGAGCAAGUAAUCGGCUCCUGCCCACGGCUCUCCUGUUUUAAAUGCUAAUAGGUGAAUAAUCAAUCAAUCAACGGGAAAAAAUUCCAGCGAGCUACGUGGCACUUUGAAACGUAAUUCAAGGAAAUGUUCAUGUAAAAGUAAAACAUGAACAAGAGUGCUGUGUUUUUUGUGCAAUUGUUUUCCAAACGUUUUAGUAGACUGCGUAGCAAGUCCCGGUUUUUUUAGGGCAAGGGGACAAAUUUCGAGACCACGCGCGCGCACGAGGGGAGGAAAGGAGAGGAGGCUUCUCUCUCGCGUGUUCCCCUUGCGCGUGUUUUAAAAACUUACCAAAAAAACUAAGUUUCUGGCGUGGCCCUUUAUCUGCAGAAUUACAAUUACACGGCUCUUUUGUUUAUAUUUUACUUUAAAUGAACAAAUCCUUGGAAAGUAAGUGAAUUACUGUAACUUUUCAGAUGUUGAUUUGUUGGAGAAGCAGAGGCCAAGUUAGUGUAUGUUAAUCCUGACCCUACUCGGUUUCUUGUUAUCCUCAGUUAGUGGUGUUAUGAUUGGUGGAAGGUUUCCUGUGUGGGCGUUGGCGCUGUGUGGUGGACUUCUACUUGCUGUCAUUGUUGCGAUGACAACUAGGAGUGACAGACGGCCAUCUGGCCACUUUGUAAGUAUCUUCAGCCCCAAACAGCAUUCAGUAAUAAAAUUGAAUUCCCCUUGAAGCGGUAGGAAAUGUCCCAGCGCGGCUGAGAAACUGUCUGUAAAAUGAACUCGCAGAGUUGUACAAGCAAACGUUGGAAGGUUUAUUGGUUUUAGAACCUCCUAUUAAAAUUUCCAGACGCAGUUUAGUAAGCUUUGACAGUAUAUAUUGUGGACUUUUUAGUCUUUACUAAUACUUUCACUUCAUUAGCAACAUCGAGGUAAAGUAACCCUCACUGGCCUCUGGAAAAUUUUUCCCUUAUCCUCAAAGAAAGCAAAACAUAGAUCGUCAAUUUGAUUUGAUUUUACUUGUUUCAGAUUCCGCUGAAUUAAAAUCGGACGCAGGAUAUGCCGUGACAGCCGACUUUUGGUUUAGUGUUACACGAUGUGCCAUUUGCAAUAAGAUUAUGCGCUCAAAUCGAGCUAUACAAUACACACUGUACGUAAUGUCUGUAAGAGCUGUAAAACAAAGUGAAUUCAAAGUCUCUACUUAGUAAGAACAUGUACUCUGGGAUAGAAAGUAUCGCGGGCAUCAUAAGAAUGGAAGGGAUUGUAAUUUCAAGAAGUUACAAUUACUUUCCUGGCAGAAAUCGUAAAGUGCUUGUUUUGUCUUUUCAGCUGUUCGCUUACUUGGCAUUCGUUGUAUCAGUUAUCUGGAUCUACACGACAGCGAACGAGAUUGUGAACGUACUACAGGUGAAGUUGCAUAAUUAACCGUUAAAGAGAAGAGUGAUCCGCCCUGCACCAUUUUCUCCUUGUAAUAUCUUUGCGUCAUAAAAUAUUUUGGUCACGAGAAUUAAGGAAUCGAUCAGAUAAGAUGAAUUUAGUUGACACUCUAACAACCUCUUGACAAUACUUCUAUAGGCGAAUCUUUGCUGACGUCAUUGUUUACAUUUUUCCUCAUUAGCAUACGACUUAACUCACAGAAGCCGUGGCCGUAUAUACGAACUAAAUGCAAAAGUUGAAAGAGCUGAUUAAGUGGAGCAAUUUUUGCAAUUUUCAGCUCUUUGCGAGCAAUAUUGAGGGAAAUAUCAGCAAUCAAAAACUGCGAAAUUGCUGUGUGGCAAAAAAGUUAAUGAGCCAUACAUUCUCUGUAAAAUUUCCAGUUUUCAGAAGAGAAUUUCUCCGAAACCAUUAGGUGUUUUGGGCUCAAAUUUUCAGGGAUAACUGAAACUGUUAUGCUCUUUCAAUAUUCAGAGUUUUUAUUUUAUUAGCGUCUUCAGAUAGUGAUAAGCAUAUGUUAAUGAGGCAAAAAGUGUAAACAAAGAUUCGCCUAUAGGAAGUGUUUAUUAGGGUUUAGGGGGUUGCAACGUCCUUGACCCGAAAACAUCAAAAGCGCGAAUAAUAGUCACGUGAUAAAGGUGUAUACUUAAACUCUUAAACUUGCUCAUGAAGAUGAUUUUAAGUACAACCUGGGUCUCCCUUUCAAUGUUCUUGAAACAUAAUUACCCCGACCAAAGUACUCGGCUAGUAACUAACAACUUAGCCGCGAGACGGGAGUUAGAUUGAAGGAUGCGUCGCAUGUUAUGUUUGUUUUUCAGACCUUUGGUAUCGUGUCCGGUAUGAGCGAUGCUAUUCUUGGCCUGACUUUUCUAGCCUGGGGAAACAGCAUCGGUGGUAAGUUUCUUGCCUUUCAAUAACUAACAACUUAACUUUUUACUUGUGGAGGCCUGUGUAGUGGUUCUGGAGGUCCGUGGUUCAAGCCUCGCCCGUCGCGUUGUUUCAUUAGAUAAGGAACUUUAGUCAACUUUGCCUCUGUUCACCCAGGUGUAUAAAUGUGUACCAGCGACAUACUGCUGUUGAUGGGGGGCGGCUGUUGUGGUAACCGUGCGAUUGACCAGCAUACCGUCCAGGAAAGAGUAGCGAUACUCCUAGGCAUACUUCAUGUUAAGGAGACCGGGAUAAGCUCCGGCCAAGGAACUUGCAAAAUAUGUUUGCUAUAACGAGGUUUCGUUAUAUCGAGGUUCUUUUUCGUUUAUUUUACUUUCCCUGGGGUGAGAAAUUUGUCUUUAUACCGUGGACUUCGUUAUAGAGUUUCGUUAAAUCGAGGUUCCAGCGUAUUAGUGUUUAACUGAAUAACGUUACCUUUCCAACUGAAUUUGUCCACCCUCUUGGCUGUACUGUACAAUAGUUUUGCUAAAGAGGUUUCAUUUGAAUGGUCAGUAACACUACAGCCCAGUCAGUACCAUUCUCGAACGUGUGUGUGAACGUGAGUGUUUUUAACUAUUGUUUUGGUUAAUUCCUCAGAUUUAGUAUCCAACACUACCAUGGCGAGACAGGGGUUUUCUCGUAUGGGUGUAUCAGCUUGUUUUGGAGGUCCUUUGCUUAGUAUCCUUUCAAAAACGCAAGAGAACGACGAAAAGGAACUUUCGACUUGCUCACUAGUCGACGUUUUUGAGCGACGAAUUCACGAAAGCGAGCGACGACAUUAGGCUCUUCAUAGCCAAAAACACGUGGAUUAACUGAUAGACGACCAAUAACAUCGAUCAAUAACAUCGCGACAUUGACCACUCCAGAAAAUACCAUAACUUACCAUAAUGCUCUGUUCGUCACCCCAAUAUUUUGCAUAAGCAUUGUUUUCAGUUUCUCUUGCGGCCAUUUUAACUCCCAAGAGAAACUGAAGACAAUGCUUAUGCAAAAUUUUGGGUUGACAAACAAAGAGCAUUAUGGUAUGUUAUGGUAUUUUCUGGAGUGGUCAAUUGAUCAAUCAGGUCAAUAACCAGAGUUUAACACGAUCAACUGACGUGGUACAUAAAGUAACGUCAAUUCGAACGUGUUUGUGUAUGAUUACUCCUCAGUUGUAAUAGUUCUUAACUCCCUUUAGAUAUGCUAUUAGGUAUCGGUAUCUCCUGUACAUACCUCACCAUAUCACGUGGACAUGCAAUACCGGUAAGUAGCUCAUGUUUGUUCAUUUGAUAAUUUAUUUAUGAACAAAAGAUAAAGUUAUACAGUAUCGUAUGCCCCGCAAAUAGCUAUCAAGGUGAUCUAUUUCAAUAAUGCAUAUUUAUCUCGGUUUCGUAUACAUAGUACUGCGGAAAAAUUCAAUGCUGACGUUUGGACGUAAUCGCCUAAAACGACUGAGCCUGCGACCACACAAAAAAAAAACAGUACGUGCAAGUCACUUUUCUAGUCCCCGUACGGAGUCUUUCCAGGCCUUCUGGGUCAAUGCAUCUCGGUGACGUGUCGCUCAGACCACGUGACCCGAAAUGAAUAGGCCGCGCGGAAAUACUGAGGCCUAGGAGCGAGGCAAGCAAGCCACUUUAGCCGACACUAUCUGUUAGCAAAAGGGAAAAAGAAGGCUUUCCCUCCCUCAGUCCCUUUAAAAAAUGUUGUGCAGCUGUUUAAGCUACAUGUUAGAAACUUCAUUAAACAACCCGACUUUGAAUGGGAAGUCGAAGGGAUCCAGAUUGUUAUGUUCUUUGAAAUAUACAAGCCCUAGUUGACGACAAUUUUUGCUGCCCAUUGAAGUUACAGGAAAAGUGUUGAACAGUUGUGCUUUCUCAGUUUUGUCUACAUUCUGUGCUGAAAGUGGCUUUAGUGUUUUUAAACGACAAUUUGUUCAAACGCCUAUUUUGCACAAUGAGGAGAUCUGCCUACAACUACCAGAAUCCUUCAGAAUUCAUAUUUUUGUGCAAAUUGAUCCUGUUAUUGGUUAAAUAUUGAAUUUAAAUAUGAAAGCAAACAUUAUGAACUCAAAUGAAGACAUUUUGAAAUGACAUUUGUAUCUAGUUCAAUAAUUUAUGUAACAACAAUCUUCUUUUGUUCCUUCUCUAUCCAGUUACGUCACAACUAUAAUCAGUACAUAAUCUCCGCAGGAUUCCUCGCCACCAGUCUUAGCUCGUCCGCCAUUGUGAUUCCUUUGAUGGGUUUCAAAGUACCCCGGAUGUAUGGCGUUUAUCUCAUACUCUUGUAUAUAGCUUACUUAACUACUUCUAUUGUGGCUCAAAUUAAGCAUUUUUGAUGUAGAAUAUAAUUCCAUUCUACAGUAAACUAAGGUAUAUAAAAGAAGAUACUUAAAACUGUUUUCUAGGGCGAAGAGUCAGGGCUGGCAGACCAGACCACUCAACUUGAAAUUGUCGAAAUUUCGCCAAACUUAUCACUGGUUUGCAUACUAUUUAUGAAUCGACCGAUCUAGUUGAAUAGCCCUGAUUUAUUGGAAUUCUCUCUUGGAGUUGACUGGUAUGACCGGGCAUGUCUGAUAAAUGUGUAGCGCCUUAAGAAAGAUGCGAUAAGUGUUAUAUUUGAUCCUUUAAAUUAAUAUUUUUAUGCCCACGGUGGUGAAUGGAAGUGCUAUGAAAUGGUAUUGAAAAAUAAUUUAAACAAUUGUUAUUUAAAGUUAUGGUAUUUUUAAAUUAAUUAUUCUUAUCGUGGCCUAUAAUGCCAAGAACUUUUUCUAACUAAAUUUUUAGUUUUUAGGUCAAAAAUAUUUAAUCUUGUUCCCUUUUUUACAUUGUUUUCUUCAGCAAAUGACAGAAGUUUUAUAGUCUCAUACUUUAUAGAUAAACAUUGUAAUUUACUUGUAAAAAUUGGUCUUUUUUUAAAGACGGGUUCAAUUUUCGUAAAUUUAAUUUCGAAAUCCCUCAAACUGGAACAGAUUUUUUAAUGCUUUGAAUAUUUGACAAUUCAAAAAAUGUAACUUAAGGAAUGUAUUGGUAUCUAAUGAUAAUGUACACAAACAUUUGUUGUUAUUGACUGAGCGACCACUAAGUCUUGACAUUGAGGGUGGUCUAACCUUACGCGAGGCUUGCCUUAGUUAGAACUAGUUAACCUCAG